AUGGUGACUACUCGCGCGGUGGCGCAGGUCGGAGACGAAGGUUCGACGGAGAAAGAGGAGCUUCGAGCUCGCAUGGAGCUCAACGAAGCCAGAACCAAGCGCAUUGAAGACGCGAUUCAGGAAAACGAAGCCCGAGCAAAGAGAAUUGAAGAUUCGCUCUUCGCGGUUCUCACAAAAUUGGGGAUUUCCCCUGUUGAAGAAACCCUAGCUCGUGAAGUGCAAGCUGAGGACGGCGUCGACCCCAAUCCCGAACGCGACAAAGGUAGCAGUAACAGUAGAUGGAGAAAAUUGGAGAUUCCAAUCUUUGGAGGUGACGAUGCUUACGGUUGGACUCACAAAUUGGAGCGUUAUUUUGCUUUGAGAGGAGUUGAGGAAGAUGAACGCAUGCAAGCAACACUCUUGGCCUUGGAAGGGAAGGUUUUAAGCUGGUUCCAAUGGUGGGAGAGGUGUAAUCCUGCACCUACCUGGGAAGGGUUCAAGCUAGCUGUAAUCAGAAGGUUUCAGCCUGCGAUGGUACAAAAUCCUUUUGAACUGUUGUUGUCCUUGAAGCAAACCAGUACUGUAGAAGCCUAUGUUGAAGAAUUUGAGAAGUAUGUAGGUGCAUUGAAAGAGAUUGAUCAAGACUUUUCCAAAGGAAUCUUUUUGAAUGGCUUGAAGGAGGAGGUUCGAGUGGAGGUAAAAUUGUAUGAACUCUCUUCUUUAACAGCUGUAAUUCAGAAAUCACUGAUGAUAGAACAGAAAAACUCAGUCUUGCAUAAAUCUAGCUCAAACAAUUACUCUAAGCCUAGUAAUUACAAUAGGAGCAACACAUUUAAUAGAGUUGUAACUGUGGAUGCUAAGGGACUUAGUGAUAAGAAAACUGAGUCAGUAGCUGGAACUUCUAAUACUGGUAAUACUGGAAUUACAAAUACAAUCAGAAGUGGAGAUUAUAGGCAUCUCACUAGUGCUGAAAUGAGAGACAAGAGGGAAAAGAAACUCUGCUUUAGAUGUGAUGAACCUUACAGCAGGGAGCACAGAUGCAAGAAUAAGCAGUUGAGAAUGAUUAUCAUGGAGGAAGAUGAUGGAAGUGAGGGGGAGGAAGAGAACAUGGAUGUGGUACAAUUCAAAUCCAUCCAACUGUCCAUUUACUCCAUGGCUGGCCUGACAACUGCCAAAUCAUGGAAGAUUGCAGGAACUUUAAGGGGGCAAUCUGUGGUGGUACUUAUUGAUUGUGGAGCCUCCCACAACUUCAUUGCAGAGGAGACUUUAUUUCAGUUGCAAAUUCCAGUGUUGGCUACUCCCAAAUAUGUGGUAGAAGUGGGGGAUGGACACAAGGUCAAGUGUCAAGGAAAAUGCCAGCAGUUAAUGCUGGAUGUGCAAGGAGUUGAAAUCUUACAAGAUUUCUAUCUCUUUGGGCUGCAAGGGGUUGAUUUGGUCUUAGGACUUGACUGGUUAGCAAGUCUAGGGAAGGUGAAGGCAGACUUUGGAAAAUUGGAGCUGUCUCUCAAACAGGGGAACAAGUGGAUGAAGAUUUCUGGUGAUCCAUCCCUGGCCAAAACCCAACUAUCCCUGGGUUCUCUUAUGCAAGUACUGAAAACUGAAGAGGAGGGAUUAUUACUACAUUGUACAGGAGAAGUUUCAGAGAACACGAAAGAAACAACAGUACCAAAGGAGCUUUUGAAGGUGCUGCAGCAAGCUGGUAAUGUCUUUCAAGAUCUUGAGGGACUACCACCUUCAAGGGUGCAAGACCAUGCCAUACACCUUAAGGAGGGGGCACAAAUGCCCUCAUUUCCAGAAAUCAGAAAUAGAGAAGCUUGUGGGGGAAAUGUUACAAGCUGGAAUAAUAAGGCCUAG